GCUGAAUGCAAGUGUUAUAUAAAACUUCACAAGAACUACUUGCGCGUUAGGAAUUCUUUCUUAGAAAUCUUUUUUAUUGGUGAAGAUGCAAGUCGUUUCGAUUUUAAUGCUCUUUUUCGUGGCUUAUGUAGCUUCAGAACACGUUCGUUAUACGGGAUGUGGAGUUGGAAAUACAGUAAUGAGUGUUAGUAUUAGCCCUUGCAAUGCAGUUCCAGUAGCUAAUUUGAUGGUUUGUUCUCUUAAGCAUGGGAUGAAAGUAAGAGUGGAUGCAGCUAUACUUGCGAUUGCCGAUUGUUCAGAGUUGGAAACUGUAGUUUUAGCUAAUAUCAACGAUCGAAUGAUCCCAUUUCCGGAUUCUGAAAGCAAUCCUUGUUUGCAUAACAUAUCACCAAGCUGUCCACUUGUGAAGGGAAGACUUUAUUUGUACCACUUUGUUUUCGAUGUGAAGAAAUACUAUCCAACGGGUAACAUGGAAGUUAUGUUCUCCAUUCGUUGCAAGAAAACCGAGGUUACCAUCGCCUGUGUGAGACUACCUUUAAUAAUUCGAAGGAAUCCCAAGUUAACUUACAGGAAUUAACUACUUAAAAGAUUAAACUUCCCGAUUUAAAACUGGAGUCAUUUCACGGAAUCUCUAGACUGGAAGUUUUAUUGUAUGGUAAAAUAACUUAAGUGCUGUGCAUUUUACCUUUCAGAAAGUUUUCAUUUAUACUAGAUUUCUUAAUGUCAAAUUCUGAAAGAUUUUGGUUGUUUAAAUAAUAAAUAUACUCAAAAGGAAAA